UGACUGGUUGAAUUACCUUAAUCUUGCAUCAUCGGAAGAUGAUUCUGAAACUUGUCAUCCUUGUAGUGAAUCCAUGGUGGAUAGAUCAUUGUCUUCCUCCUCACAUCCUGAUGCUGUAGAUAAGUUUCUCAGUGACAGCAUUGUUAAGGAGCAUUCACAGAUUCGUGCAGAAUUAAAGGGAAAAAGUGAAGAUAUUGAUCGUGUUAAAGAGGCUCAAGUGGCAUGUCCAUAUUCCCAAGGCCAAGAGAGUGAAGAAAUUAUGUCCAAUUCUAAAAUUGAUAGUUCCAGGUGUCCUGGUUCUCAUCCAAAUCAUUGCCAAGUGCUUUCAGUUUCAGAAUAUACAAAUACACCAUUGCUUUCGGAUGGUGCAGAGGCAUUGGAACGUGGAAAUGCUCAAUCAGAAUAUAAUUACCAAGCAAGUUCUGGAUUUCACUUUGGUUCACCACAGCUUGCUGCAGAACAGAUACAUGCUGAAGAUAGUUUUCUUGAAAGUUUGCCAAACAAUUUUGGUAUAGAAUCGGACCCCUUUCAACUAAACAGGAGCAAUAGUGAUUUGCAUGCUGAACUAGCACAACCAACAGAUGACUGCUUCUGGACUUCCCAUGAGUAUACAACAUGUAAAGAUGACGGGAAGUGUUUUACUCCUUGUGAAUCCAUGGAGCUUGAAUCAUUGUCUUCCUUUGGGUGGCAUUCACAGAUUCAAGAAAAAUCAAAGGCUUCAGUUGAGGGUUCUUCAUCUUUAUCAGAAUCAGCAUGUGAUGCGACUUCUAAAUUUCAUGAACAAGAAGUUAAUCACCUUGAACUCAUGGAUUCUGUUGACCCUCAGCAGACACGUCCAGAUUUAAGAAAUAAUAAUUCAAAGGAAAAUCACUUUCAAAAAUCAUUAUCAAAUGAAAAAGACGGUUAUGUUCCACCCCCAGAUUCAGAUGGUGACUCGAAGUUUGAGGGAAAAUUAAUCUACUCUUCUUCUAUAGGACAUCAUUUGUUCAAUGGACUUUUAGCAGAAGAAGGUUCAAAGAAGAUGUCCAGUUCUGGGGCCAACAGGGAAACAGGUGAGAAUGAAAAUGAGAAUGAUGUUUCCAGCAUUCCUUCUGAAGGGAAAUUAAAUAUCCAAGAUAUAAAUGCUGCUGAAAACUUUAGUGACAGUGCUGGGGCAAAUCUUCUUCUGCGUUUUGAUAACAUACUGUGGUCAGCCUCCAGUGCCACAAAUUCUCAUGGGAAAAUUUUGCCAUAAUUUUAUUUUCCUGAUUUUCCUGUUUUUUGGUUUGCAGCUGCAACUUCGGAACUUCGGCGAAGGAGAGCUGAAUAUCCGCCAAAGCGAGGGAAAAGUAAAUUUUAUUUAUUAAU